GAAAUACGGGAUAGAGUGAUUCGCUAAACUGAAAAGUAAAACAAUCAGUUGAAAAUUAAGGGCAAAUACUUAUCGGAGUAUAUUACUACGACUGUAAUCAAAAUCGUAUCCCAGUUGCUGCACUUCUUCUCUUUGCUUCGACUGGUUUCCGGCUCCGAUCAUCUCAGCCCUCCUAACCUAAUCCCCAUCGUUGCCUGUGUUAUACGGAUCCCAACCACUGCCCCCACGUAUCGGAAUUCCACUGCUGCUCCAGACCCCCCUGCUGCCUCUCUUGGCGUGGCCCAGCACAGGCGUUCUCAUUCAGGAUAGCCUCUGCACAGCUCCAUGGCGGGUCGUGGAGGACCGGCGCGACCCAACGGCCCAGCGACAGGCAACAAGAUCUGCCAGUUCAAGCUGGUGCUGCUGGGGGAAUCGGCGGUGGGCAAGUCCAGCCUGGUGCUACGCUUCGUCAAGGGCCAGUUUCAGGAGUACCAAGAGAGCACCAUCGGAGCUGCCUUUCUCACACAGACUGUCUGCCUGGACGACACAACGGUCAAGUUUGAGAUUUGGGACACGGCAGGCCAGGAGCGAUACCACAGCCUGGCCCCCAUGUACUACAGAGGAGCCCAGGCGGCCAUUGUGGUCUAUGACAUCACCAACACAGACACUUUUACGCGAGCAAAAAACUGGGUGAAGGAGCUGCAGAGACAAGCCAGCCCCAACAUCGUCAUCGCUCUGGCCGGGAACAAGGCCGACGUCGCCAACAAGAGAGCGGUCGAUCUCCAGGAAGCACAGGCCUAUGCCGAUGACAACAGUCUACUGUUCAUGGAGACUUCAGCCAAGACUGCUAUGAAUGUCAACGAAAUCUUCAUGGCCAUAGCCAAGAAGCUGCCCAAGAACGAGGCUCAGGGCGCAGCUGGGGCAGGGGGCCGGACCAGAGCAGGAGUGGACCUUCAGGAGCCGGCCCUCCAGGGCCGCAGCGGCCAAUGCUGUGGCGGGAGCAAUUAGCCGAUAGCCUAAUGAACUGACUGAACGAGCCCAGAACACGAAUAUUGUCAAGACGACAACCAAGCACGGCCUAGAGAGUAACGACGCUGGAGCCAUUCUCACACGGAGAACCGCACUCAAACGGAGAAUAACAGCCGAGCUGAUCUGUCCCCCCCCCCCAAAUCGAAAGGAGACCCUUUUUUUAAAUCAUAAGCUAGAUUGUUUCAGUACGUCCCUCUCACAUACUCUCUAUCUCUGCUAUACCUCCCUUUCUAUCUUCCCCCUCUCUCACUUUAUUCGAAUACUAACUGGAUUAUGUCUUAAAGUUUUUUUAAAGAACAGAAAAUCUUGUAUCGAUAGAUCAUACCAUCCACUAUUAGCCUUUUUGUCCCGGUGACAGGUGCAUGUCGCAAAGGUUGUUGUCUUUUCCUCUGUCAAAUCAUUUUCUUCCUUCCGUGUUGGUUUUCCUCGUCUGGAAGAGGGAAAAUAUGCUCCAAGGGGACAAUGUGUCUUACACUCUUUCUCCAAAUCUGUCCAUUUUGUAAAUUAAUAUUAGCCUUUGUUUAUUAUUACUGUUCUUCUUGCACGAGUGGGGGAUGAUUAUAUAGGACACACCUAAUGUGGUUUCCGACACGUGCGAUAAAUUCAACUGUAACGGUAACGCAGUGUGCAUUUAUCACCUAGUACAUCAGACAGUCAUUUUUAGCGUCAUGUAUUUGAAUCUGUAAGAUACAUUUAAGAAUACAUUGUAAGACCUGAAAAAAAUAAAAAAGAUGGCAAGAUUUUCUUGGCCAAAAUGUAAAUUGUGAA